AUGGAUACCACGGGCUCCACAGUCACGAUUUCUUCUUCAGCUGCCUCCCCAAACUGCCCUGGGAAUACAAAUUUUCUGACCAGUUCUUCUGACAACAGCUGUUGCCAUGGUGGCCAAAGAACUCCCCAGGGCCAGGGCUGUCGACGCACCCCUUGCCUUUAUCGCACCCCUAACUACUUGAUAAGAGUCUAUGACUUCCAUCCCUGUCUGGAAGACUACGGCUGGUGCGGGGACGGUAUUAAUAGCCACGAGAAAGAGACCAUGCAGAUUCUGAACGAACGCCUCGCUAGCUACCUGGAAAAGGUGCGGAUGCUGGAAGGGGAGAACUCGGAACUAGAAGAUAAGAUCCAGAAGGAGUGUGGCAAGGCCCUCCCUGUUCUGUGCCCCGACUACCUAUCCUAUUACACCACCAUCGAGGGCCUGCAGCAGAAGAUCUUGUGUACCAAGGCUGAGAAUUCCAGACUGGUCUCACAAAUUGACAACACCAAACUGGCUGCAGAUGACUUGAGAGCCAACUACGAAGCUGAGUUAUCCAUCCGCCAGCUCGUGGAAGCCGAUGCCAAGAGCCUGAAGCAGAUCUUGGAUGUGCUGACUCUGAGCAAGGCUGACCUAGAGGCACGAGUCCAGUCUCUGACAGAGGAACUUCUGUGUCUCAAAACCAACCAUGAAGAGGAAAUCAAUUCCUUACAGUGCCAGCUCGGGGACAGAGUCAACAUUGAAGUAACAGCUGCCCCUGCUGUUGACCUGAAUCAGAUUCUACAAGAAAUGAGAUGUCGGUACGAGUCCAUUGUGGAGACAAACCGUAAAGAUGUAGAACAGUGGUUCAAUACACAGAUGGAGGAACUGAACCAACAAGUAGUGACCAGCUCUCAACAACAGCAAUGCUGCCAGAAGGACAUCAUAGAACUGAGACGUACCAUGAAUGCCCUCGAGGUUGAACUGCAGGCCCAGCACCGAAUGAGAGAUUCCCAGGAAUGUAUCCUCACUGAGACGGAGGCCCGCUACACAACCCUGCUGGCCCAGAUCCAGAGUCUGAUCCAUAACCUGGAAGCUCAGGUGGCAGAUAUCCGGAGUGCCCUGGAAAGACAGAACCAGGAAUAUGAAGUUCUGCUGGACACCAAAUCCCGGCUGGAGUGUGAAAUUGCCACCUACCGAAGCCUUCUGGAGAGCUUUGAUGGCAGGCUUCCCUGUAACCCAUGUGCCACCAAAUGCGAGCCAUCCCAUCAGGCCAGAGCUAUGGAGUGUUUCACCCCAGUUUAUACACCAUCUUCACUCCCUGGGAUUCACAAACCCUGCCGUGCAUCUGGACCCCCAUCCCGGAUCCUGGUUAAGAUAUGCACCCUCACCAAGGAGAUCAAAGACGGGAAGGUCAUUUCUUCUCACGAGCAUGUGCAACCUUGUUAUAUCACCAGACUCGCCAAAGUUUAA